AUGAACCACUUACGCUCUCUUGCAGUCCUCGCGCUUGCCGCCCUCGUCAGCGCCCAAUCCGCGCCCGGGUUUCCCAUCCAAGUCGACACGAACCUGCGUGCAGAUUUCCAGGAUACUUCCACCAGCGUCAGUCCAGCCGGUGUGCUGUUAAACCGCGAUGAUGUCCUCGAGGAACCCACAAUCGUGGGCCCCUCCGACUCGACCCGGACAAUUGACUACAUGGUCUUCAUGGUGGAUCAAGACGUGACCUCACCCUCUGAUCCGUCCACUCGCAUACAAUUCCUCCACUGGUAUCAGCCCAACCUCGCUGGAGCCAGCGAAGUGCUUUUCGACUUCGAUAGCGACUCACAGAACUUCACCUCUGCCACACCCCUCGCUUACAUCCCUCCCACGCCUCCUGGCGGAGACAUCGCUCAUCGAUACACCAUAAUCAUGUACCGGCAGCCCGAGGGGUUCAACAUUCCCAGUGGAUUCGAGAGCUUCUUUGAAGAGAAGAGCGAUCUGUCGAACCGCUUGGACUUUGAUAUCGCGGGCUUUGUGAGCGCAUCUGGCUUAGGCGAACCGGUGGGCGCGAACUGGUUUCAAGUGCAGAAUAGAACGGAGUCCGUCUCAAAUUCGAGUUCGAGCACGACAACGAGCACAGAGGCAAGUUCGACUGCGUCGCAGACGAAUGCCACUACAACUGCUGCGGGCACGGAGACCGAGGCUACCCCCACGAGUGAACCGACGGCAAGUGUUGAGAGCACAACCACAGCACCUGUGGAAGCCUCGACUUCAACCGCCGUCGUGACGGCUUCACAGACACCUGAGACUGGCGCAUCGUCCGCUCCGAGCUCAAGCGCGACUAGCAGUUCACCAGCUCCGGCCGGCGCCGGCACGGUAGCCUGCAAUGGCAGAGGGCUCGUGCUCAGCUUCGUGCUCAGUGUCGUUGGUGCGGGAUGGUGGUUACUGUAA